CUUGCGGCUAUAAUUGGGGCUCCAAUUCAGGCGGCGCGAGCCCUAAUACGGGAUAUCAAGAAAAGCGCAUAUAGUGCACAAGCACCGAAGUUCCUGGAUGUACCGCCGUUAGUGAUACGGGAGAAGCGGGGGGCGGUCCCCAAAGCUACAUCCUAUGUAGAUUCGCAACCGGAAAAGCAGGCGGUACUUAAGCUUAAAGUUGAUGCCUGGGCUGCGGCGUAUUAA